UGCGCAGAGUGAGCGCUCGUCUCCUUCCCAGAAAAGCCUGAUUCACGUAAACAACAGCAGAGAGCUGCCGCCGCGGAGCUGUACCGGAGCUUUACCGGAGUUUUUACCGGCUCUCAGACCGAGCAGCUGGUCGCCGUCGGGUCCUGUGACAGUGAGCUACCUGUCAGAGCAGCUGUGCUCACCUGGAGCUGUUAGCUGCUGAUGUCAGCCCGGUGGCGUCAUUUCUCUGAUUAAGUGUCGUGUUUGAGGCUGUUGUGUCGUAAAUCCGCCGGGAGCAGAGUUUGGAGCAGCUGAAGACACACCACAGAGACGAUGACGGAGCAGAACUUGGAGGCCAAGCUGAAGAACCUCCUGAAGCAGGAGAAGAUCCAGCUGUGGAACCCGCCGUACACCGAGCAGGACCAGCAGCCGGGCCAGCAGCACAUGCAGGUGCUGGCGGAGCGCUACGCCCCCCUGCUGCGCCUGCCCGUGUCGGAGGUAGGGGGCGCUCUGGAGUCGAUCCGAGCUCAGGCGGUGAAGCGAGGCAAAGGAAACCAAACGUUCAGGGAGACGAGCGUGGCGACGCUGGAGCUGCUGCUGCCGCGAAACGCUAAGAAGGAUCCAAAGGUCAGGACGUACCUGGAGACGAGGCUGGACGUGUCGGCGCAGCAGGUGGUGGACAGGGUCGCUGAGGAGCACGGCCUCAGGAGCAUCAAGCUGAUCCUGAGUGGGAGGACUCUGUCUGCAGAGCGGCGUCUGGACGAGCAGGGCGUGAAGAACCACAGCAAGGUGAUGGUGCUGAGGGUGAGCGACGGCGAGCUGAAGCAGCAGCUGACGGAGGAGGAGGAGGAGAGGAGGAGCCAGGAGGAGAGCGUCCAGAGGACCCAGAAAGGCUUCCAGAUCCUGUCAGAGAGAGACGGCAGCGAGGACCCAGACACCACACCGUUCCUGGAGAUCGCCGACCAGAAAGGAAACCCUCUGAAGAUUCCCCCCACGGAGAAGAAGGCUCUGAUCCUGGCCAUGGGCUUCCAUGAGAAAGGUCGGGCUCUGAUGAAGAGGAAGCAGCACGAUAACGCUCUGUGUCACCUGCUGCAGGCCGACCAGCAGUUCAGUAAGUGCGGCUCGGCGCUGCUCAGCUCCGUGGAUAACUACGCCGUGCUGCAGCUGGACAUCGUGUGGUGUUACCGCGCCCUGGAGGCGCUGUCCUGCCUGGAGGAUGGGCGGAGCCGCCUGCAGAGAGCCGAGGACUGUUUCCUGCGUUGCUACGGAGAACAGCAGGAGAGACUGCUGAUGAUCAAGGGUAACACGGGCAGAGAGGAGGUGCUGUUCCUGCGUCUGUACCUCCUGCAGAGCCUCCUCUCCUACAUCGAAGGAAGCGACUCUGAGGCGCGGCUGCAGCUCUCCAGGGUGGAGUCUCUGUACGCGCGCCUGCGUCCCGACUCGGAGAAGAUGGCUCAGCUGAUGGCGCUGGGCUUCAGCGAGAGAGAAGCUCGGCUCGGCCUCAGAGCCUCCCGGGGCGACCUGCAGGAGGCCCCCAUCCACAUCAGCACCCGCCGACAGGAGCGGGAGGAGCUGAAGCAGAGGGAGAGGCAGAAGAGGAGAACGAGGAUGGAGGCCAUCUCCGCCCUGAUGGAGCUGGGGUUCUCCCAGAGAGACGCCGCCCGCGCCCUGCACCACGCCGACGGGAACGUAGACAGAGCUUACACUAUCCUGCUGGACUCGAGCCAGGACGCCCAGGCGACCAAUAACAACACAGAGGGCGGAGCCAGCCCAGAGAAGGUGGAGCAGCUGUUGUAUUUGGGAUUCGAGCGGGAUUCGGCUGAAGCGGCGCUCAGACUGACAGGUGGAGACGUCCAAUCAGCGACACAGCUGCUGUUGGACAACCAGGGCGUCCUCUCCCCGGAGCUGCUGACCCCGCCCUCCACAUCCUCCACAUCCUCCACACCAUCCUCAGAGGAGCCCAGCUCCGCCUCCAGCUCCCCGGAGGACAGCGAGCUGGUGAGCGAGGUGCUCGAGGACAUCGCCCCCCACGAGGAGGACUACCUGGACCUCACACUGGAGGAGGAGAGCGAGCUCAUCUCUGCCAUGAAGGCGUACCUGCACCGUGAGCCCGCCCACACCUAGUGACACGCUCGGGCCGGGUCGAGUGUUGUCACUGUGUACAACAAACACACACAGAUCGUCCUGCAGAGUUCAGAGCGGCGUGCCAAUGUGGAGACAGUGACGAUCAUCUGUUCAGCAAUAAUUCAGAGUCCUGCUGCUCAAGGACGCACAAGUGUAUCAGUUUAAUCAGUGACAUCAUCAAUGACAUCAUUGUUGGUGAUGUUGGAUCAAAGCAGAGUCUCAGUUUGUGUCUGAGCAGUUUCCUGUUGAUUCUUUGGUUGUGAUGGAUCCAAUAAAGACGACACAAAGUG